CCAUCGGGCAUAUUUAUCUCCUUCAUGAUUUAAUUCAAUUCACAACUGCUAGAUAGAAAUCAAGUCGCCAUGAAACCAUUCUCUCCAUUUCCUCGACCGUGAUAGAAAACGAUACCCUUUGUCAUUUACAAGUACUUACGAGGAGGAUGUGUUUGAUUAACGAUUUUGAUGAAACGCCAACACAUCUAGAACAUAGAGAAGAACAGAUACAUAGCAGCAAAAACACAAGCAACAGCAACAGCAAGCAGUGGGCGAAUCGAGCACAUAUAUAUACGUCCGGCUUUCCUAAAGCCGUAACCACCGAUCCGUCAUGAUUGGCACGUCGCUUCCAGAGUAUAUCUUCAUCCGUACAUGCAUAUUCCUGGUACAAUAUACAACACCUCUAUGCACAGCAUGUCUAGCCCUCUUGGCAGUGUCUCUCGGGGGGCUUGCGCCGGCAUUAUCCCAUCCCCUCGGCAUGGUUUUGGCUACUUACAGCGUACUUGACGUGAUAUACGCUGUGUUCAUUUACAUCCCCCACAAUAGACGGCUAAAGGAGGAAGCGAGGCAUCCACCGCCGCUGACACGCGAAGAACGAAGCCAGCUGUUUAGACGGUGCUUUGCCAACGUACCCGAUGCCCGGCGUUACCUCCAGAUGUGGUUCCUUGGCGCCGAUGAGUCCGAGAUACGGAGGGAUAACCUACGCGACUUUAUCUUAUGGGCCUUUUUUGAUAGAUGGCCUGGUAAUGAGUCUGAAGACGAAGAGGAAGAACUAGAUGGAUAUGUAGAAGCUAUGGAGAAUCUCUUAGGGCGGAGAUUAGAACCAGGCAGAGGAAAGGCCGAAGGUCUCCGACUGACCCUGGACGAAGUGGAAACCCGAUAUAGAAGUAUUGCGUGGUAUUUUGUCGUGGGUGUGGUCGACCUCGUGUCACAUUGCCAGCUAGCCCGGAACGGAUUUCACUAUUACGCACAGUCGCCAUCUAAGGUCCUCCCUGUUAUCCCGCCGCGCUUACAGAACCUAUUCACUAGUAGGUAUUCCGAAUCGGAAGGGCUUAGUUACUGGUAUCGUCCACAUACUGCCACCGACAAGCUUCCUGUCGUAUUUCUACACGGUAUUGGAAUAGGGCUUUACACAUACGUUCCGUUCCUUCAACGACUUAAUUCAGAAUCUAGAGGGCAAGAUGGACAGGGUCAGAUUGGAAUCAUCGCGAUCGAGAUGCUUCCUAUUUCAUUCCGACUGACGGAGGCGCCGCUAGGCAGGCCCGAAUUCCUGGAACAGAUUGCUACGGUCUUGAAUGCGCAUGGGUGGGAUAAGUUCGUGUUGGUCUCUCAUUCGUACGGGACUGCAUUGGCAACCCACAUGCUACGUUCGGAGAAACUAUUCGACCGUAUUAGUUCGGUAGUCCUUGUCGACCCCGUAACUAUCUUAUUGCAUCUACCAGAUGUAGCAUACAAUUUUACUAGACGCCGACCUAGAUGGGCUAAUGAAUGGCAACUGUGGUACUUCGCCAGCAUGGAUCCUGGCGUGGCACAUUGCCUGGGACGUCAUUUCUUCUGGAAAGAUAAUAUUGUGUGGAAGGAAGAGCUACUAGGAAUAGAAGGGAGGGGAUCAUCACCCGCAGAGUUGGUUGGAGUAGAUGGUGGUGGUGGUGGUGGCCAGGGGGUCCGGGCUACAGCAACGACAGGGAGGCCGCAGCGACGAAGGGUGGCGGUGUGUCUCGCAGAACGAGAUUUGAUCGUCGAUACUCUGAUGGUAGCCCAGUAUCUGAGCGCCGAUGGUGAAGAGGGGUGGGUUAACACCCGUAGCCUUACAGCAGAUAACAGCGGAAGGGACGCUAGGCCUAAUAAAUGGUCUAUGGAACAAGACGAAUGGGGUGCUGGCUAUCUCACACGCGACGGAAUUGAGCUUUUGUGGUUUUGGGGCCUCGAUCAUGCCCAAGCAUUUGAUACCAAGAAGAAUCAGGAUAGGCUUUGUAGCGUUAUACGUCGUUACUGCGCUGAAUAGAUUGUACAGCCCCUGGUAGGGCUGCCGAUUACCCCAUUUCAUAUUGGACGUUAUUAUUCUAAGCACCUAGGUACGGUCUCCUUUCCGGUACUUGGUCCUAACCAUCUAGAUUUAUUGCAUGUGCUGAGAAUUGGCAUAAGUGUCAAUCAAUUGAAUCAGAUUUUGCUGUAUCGCCUCCCCAACCCGUCAAAUAAACUACAACAGGUUCCGGACCACUCCGGAUGAGAAUCCAGACAACAUUUUCAUCUGUUUCAUUGAUUUCUUGAUGUUCCGUCCAUGGCGGUAUGAAUGCAAAGUCGCCCGGCGAGAGUUCAUGUCUCUUGGGCUCUUCGUCGGAGUCUGAGCUCGUUACUAAUCUGUUACC